AUGUCGAACACUACCCUGAACCAAAUCUUUGUCUGGAUGCAACCAUACGACUCUAAGAAGCGCUUCCUGCAAUUUUGCUUAACAUAUUCACUCGGACAUACUGUUAGUCUGUGUAGAAUACCAGAGGACCAAAAAACCAUUUUAAUUCGCCAGUAUCUUUCCGACUGCGAAAACCUUUUGUUUUCUUCCUCAAACUGGUCAACAUCACUACCAAUUCCAGUGAUGACCUUAACAACCCCAACACAAGAGGUGAACAUCUGUUCUCUUUUGGAAUUUACCGGAAAAAGUCUCCUCUACAGACAUUUAAGUCAAGAAACUUAUGAUGACAAUCAUAUCUUGACUUCUUUCGAUAAGUUCAACAGAUGCAGAAACCUUUGGAAGAAAUUCCGAGAUAUCACGAUUCCCGAAUUACAACUUAUCGCAAAUAAAGCAAAGAGACUAAACGCUGAUUAUCUGAGAGAGCUUGGAAUUAAUGCUCAAAUACCUUGUAACCUGCCGCCUGGAACAAACAAUGAGCAAACAACUCGUUUCCAUCCUACAAACAAUAAUGAACAAAAUCCUGAGACGUCUGUGAAUUAUGAGUUAGUCCCAAUCAGUGAUGAUGAACAGCAAACAGAUCUUCCGAAAGUUACCGAUGAUGUCACUGGACAAACUUUUGAGGAUAUGUUUCAUCCCCCACCACUUGAUAACCAAAUUCCAACUGCUUCGAAUGACACUGGAUCAACUAUGGAUGACAUUCUUCGAAAUGUAUCUGCAAGCUGCCUUGAUUGGCUCAAACCCUACGUUGAGAUGUCAAAUGACCGCUCCGCUGACAAAUCAAAUGAAAACGCCACAUCACAGUCAACCUUCAACUCGUCUCCAAGCCAAAUAAUGAAUGAUGCUGAUCAACUGAUCAAUGGAAAUCUGUGGAAUAAUUACUCUGAAAGCUCGCCAGAAUCAUGGCCUGGAUACACAUCAUCCGACUCAGACUAA